AUGCACCUGCAGCAACUCCCCUCACCGUCCGCACUGGUUAACCAACCUGUGAGUGUGGACAAUGAUUUUACGCACAUCAUCGCCGCGGGGAACGACUGCGUCUCCUCCUCCGGUGAUACCCUGGAGAACGAGCCACCGCUGAAAAGACUCUCCACAGGGAUGGGAAACCCCUCAAGCGCUCUAGACUACGUCUCCGAGGCACGGGAUGAGAGUGAAAGAGCGGAUAAGUGUAAUUUGCCUGAAUCAAGUCAAGCGCGGACGGAUUUCUUCUCGUCUUCUGCCAUGUUCUCGUAUUCGGGGCAGCAUGUGGUGCCCGCGCUCCCUCCACUCUCCAGUCACUACAUGACACCUCACCCGGUUAUCAGCGACGGGCCGUACAAUGGGCUGAGCUACGCGUACUCACAGCCCUACGGACAAACUUACACAAACGCCGCCGUCUAUCCUUUUGCCUCGGUGCCCGGUAAAGCUCAGGUUUACCUCUGUAACCGGGCGCUGUGGUUUAAAUUUCACAGACACCAAACAGAAAUGAUCAUUACUAAACAGGGACGCCGGAUGUUUCCGUUCCUGAGUUUCAGUGUUUCUGGUCUUGACCCGAUGUGUCAUUACAAUAUCGUUGUGGAUGUGAUUUUGGCGGAUCCGAACCACUGGAGGUUUCAGGGCGGAAAAUGGAUUCCCUGCGGCAAAGCGGACACUAAUGUUACGGGAAGCCGAGUGUACAUGCACCCGGACUCGCCAAACACCGGCGCGCACUGGAUGCGUCAGGAGAUCUCUUUCGGAAAACUGAAGCUGACGAACAACAAGGGAGCUUCCAGCAACACUACUCAAAUGAUCGUUCUGCAGUCUCUCCAUAAGUAUCAGCCGAGGCUGCAUGUGAUUGAAAUAAAUAAAAAGAGUGGAGAUGAAGAUACGAGCGAUCCUGAUCGAGUACAGACAUUCACCUUUCCCGAAACACAGUUUAUAGCUGUCACAGCUUACCAGAACACAGAUAUAACACAACUAAAAAUUGAUCACAAUCCAUUUGCUAAAGGAUUUCGGGAUAAUUAUGAUAAAAGUUACGGUGGCUCUGACACCGACAGAUUGACCCCUACACCCUCUGGCUCUCCACACUCUCAGUCGCUGCCUGGCUCGUGGUACGCAAUGACAAGCUCCUUAUUUCAGGAGCAGUUUGUCAACAGUUACACAAAGUCCUGUUUUCCAGCUCUUACCUCUGACCCUGGCACUGCUGACCGAACACUCACGUUUACUAGUCUUGCGACCUCAAACCAAUCCCAAGAGGGCAGCACAACCUCCGGGCAGCGCUGGUUUGUGUCUUCCACCUCUGCUCCAUCAUACGAAACCGAUAUUAACACAGCAGCUCUGCUCUCUUACGCCACACCAGGAGUGAAAGAUCUGCCUUUUACUAGUGGUACUAGUAACAGUUUGGAUUACUACAGCAGUGCCGCUGGAUUGGAUUCACGGGGUUCGCUGGAGAACAGCAGUAAGGGCAUCUCAAAUCCACCUGGUUGGAUUCUGGAUACGACUCUUGAAAGAUCAACACAGUUGAAUUACAUGCAUGAGGCGGAUGGAGAUAUGUUGGAAAUAGACGGAUCAGCUCUUGGAGUUUCUGAGGAGCUGGAAGGUAAAGAUGCCAUGGAUUCGACAUGGACCAAAACUCAGUCUUCCAUUAAAUCUGUCAAUUCCAGUGAUUUAAGCAUUUUGGAAGAGGCUCAACUUAAAAAUCCAUCUAUCAGUCCAGUUUCAGAUGUUGCAAAAGACAUGCAGGUCCUGCCAAACAAGGCUAAAGAUGGAAUUAAAGAAUCUGACUUAUUUUAUUUCGAAAAUACAACGUAAACACGCCUAGGCUGGGUGUGCAAUUAAAUGUUAAUAUAGAAGUAACAUUAUGAUGAUUAUUUAUGUAUAAAGCAUUUUUUUUCAUGUUGCACUGCACUAUUGAAGAGGAAUGAGAACUAACGUCUUCAACUUUCUAAACUUGAUGUAUUUGGCAGUUGUACA